AUGGGCCAGAUGGUUUCGGAUGAUAAAUUCGAAGAAGAGGCUGCUCGCAAUGGUGGGAUCAUCAAGAAUGGAAGGGAAAUCUUAUUCCAGGCUUUUAACUGGGAAUCCAAUAAGCAAAACUGGUGGAGUAAGUUAGAGGAUAAAGCAACUGAUCUGGCAGAAUCUGGGUUUACAUCAGCAUGGCUUCCUCCACCAACUCAGUCAUUAUCUCGAGAAGGCUAUCUACCACAGAACCUGUACUGCCUUGACUCUUGUUAUGGUUCUCUGUCAGAGCUGAAAUCAUUGCUUCAUAAAAUGCAUGAGCAUAAUCUAAGGGCUAUGGCAGAUGUUGUUAUCAACCACCGAAUUGGGACUACUCAAGGAUCCAAUGGCAUGUAUAAUCGCUAUGAUGGCAUCCCAAUAUCAUGGGAUGAACAUGCUGUUACAUCUUGUUCUGGUGGGAAGGGAAACAAGAGCACUGGGGAUAACUUUGAUGGGGUUCCCAACAUAGAUCAUACACAGACAUUUGUACGGAAAGAUAUUAUUGAAUGGCUGAUCUGGCUCCGGAGAUCUGUUGGUUUUCAAGAUUUUCGCUUUGAUUUCACGAAAGGUUAUGCAGCAAAGUUUGUGAAAGAAUACAUUGAGGAAUCAAAACCUCUUUUUGCAGUUGGAGAAUACUGGGAUAGCUGUGAAUAUAGCCCCCCUGAUUACCGAUUGAACUACAAUCAGGAUAACCACAGACAGAGGAUCAUUAAUUGGAUAGAUAGCACUGGAGGACUUUGUGCUGCAUUUGAUUUCACAACAAAGGGUAUUCUUCAGGAAGCUGUCAAAGGAGAGUUGUGGCGGUUGCGAGAUCCGGAAGGAAAGCCACCUGGUGUGAUGGGAUGGUGGCCUUCAAGAUCAGUUACAUUUAUUGAAAAUCAUGACACAGGGUCAACUCAGGGUCAUUGGCCUUUUCCAUCUGAUCAUAUCAUGGAGGGAUAUGCCUAUAUACUCACCCACCCUGGCAUCCCUGCGGUGUUCUAUGAUCACUUCUAUGACCAGGGAUCAUCUCUCCAUGACGAAAUUGCCAAACUGAUGCAAAUCAGAAAAUGCCAAGACAUACAUAGCCGUUCGUCAGUCAAAAUAUUGGAGGCGAAGUCAGACCUGUACUCUGCAAUCAUCGAUGAGAAGUUGUGCAUGAAGAUCGGAGAUGGGUCAUGGUGCCCAAGCGAGCCAGAGUGGAGGCUGGCGGCCUCUGGAGACAGAUAUGCUGUGUGGCACAAGUAAAGCAUUCUGGUGGCAUCGAUACGCUCUCCUAAACAGGAGUAAUCACCCUGUUAACUGAAGAACACCACGGGAAACAUGUCUAAAAUGAAGACUUGUAGAUUAACCUGCUCAGAAACACAGUGGCGCACGUGUUUGUCAUGGUAGAUGGCAAACGUCUACUGUAAAUUAGAAAUAAUUGAGAUGAUGCGGCUAUCAUAAGUGAAUUGCUGCUAGUGGGAUUACCUGUAUAAGAAUAUAUACGUAGGGUGCAUAUUGUCUGUGGAUUAUUUGAUUCUAGAACUAGAAAUUUGAAUUAUUGUCAGAGAA